AUGGCGACCAUGGCUAACCACGAUCGCGAAACUCCACAGCCGACAUGCCAGAACUGCGCAACCUCGACAACGCCACUGUGGCGACGCGACGAAAUGGGCGCCGUCCUCUGCAACGCAUGCGGCCUCUUCCUCAAGCUGCACGGCCGAGCGCGUCCCAUAUCCCUCAAGACAGACGUUAUAAAGAGUCGCAACCGUGUCAAGACAUUGCGCCCGGAUCUGUCAAAGCAGAAAAAGCAGAACCACAACCUCUCGGGAACCGACAUGAAUGGCGGUGACCCAAACAAUCCGAACAAUGGAGCCGUCCAACGCCAGUCGCAGAAAUCCGUCAAUGGCCAUGGCGACGACAUAAACUCGCCAAUCUCGCGCACAGGCACUCCCAACAUGUACAACCCGCACAUGGCUCCCCUCUACCACAGCAUUGACGACCAAUUCCAGACACAGCAGAUGCCCAGCUUCAACGUCUCAGCUGUGUCUCCCGGCCGGGCUCCAUCGCCCAUGAAUGGCGAGCGCCUAGAUCUUCCCCAAACACACGAGCAGCUCCUCUCUGCCAAUGCGAGCCUGAAAACCCGGGUCAGCGAACUCGAGGUCAUCCAAGAACUAUAUCGCGGCCGCCUGCAUCAGCUGGAGCAGGAGGAGAACCUGCGGCAGUCGCAAGAACCAGGCAAGACUGAAGCACAACUACGAUUGCAGCUCGACGCGACCAACGAGGCGCAUUCUCAACUGCAAAAGGAACUCGACGAGAGCCACCGGAGGGAGAAUAUGCUAAAACGACGCCUCGACGAACUCGAAGUCGAACUAAAAGAAGCCAGAGAGUCUUCCGAAAAUCAGGACAAUCUCAACCAUAAAAGGCAGCGCCUCGACGAUGUGGUUCCGAGGUCUGAAGAGGCUUCGACUCCACAGUCCGUGUCAUGA